AUGAAUUACGUUUCUUUAUUUAUUUCAUUUUAUCUUUUUAUGAUAAUUUUUGCUAAUGAUUCAUCUUUAAAUUCUCAACAACAAGUUGAAUUAUUUACUAAAAUUGUAUCAGAUAUAAAAUUACAUCCAUCUGAUUAUAUUAAUUUAUUUAGAACUGGUGAUGUUGCUAUUCCAAUAAAUUUAUUAGGUCAAGUUGGACAAAUUACGACAUAUACUGAUGAUUCAUAUACUACAAUGAUUGAAAAUUCAGAUAUAAGAAAUAAUUUAGAUAAUUUAGCUACUCAAUUACCUUGGUAUAAUCAAAGAAUAGCUGGUGAUAAUAUUCCACUGGUUACAACUAGUAUUAAUUCUAAUAGUGAAUUGAGUACUACAAAUAAUAAUAGUAAUAUAGGUUUUAAAUAUUCAAGUUCAUUAUUUGGAUUAAUAAGUGGAUUUUUAAUAUCAAUCAUAUGGUAAUAAUAUAAAAGUGAUAUUAAUUUCUUAUUAGUUUCUCGAGUGUCAAAAAAUAAACUUUUCUAUUGUCGCGAAAUUUUACGACACUGGAAUAAAAAAAUAAAAAAAAUAAAAAAAAAUAAAAAAAAAAAAUAUAAAACAUUUUCGUUUCAUAUUUUUAUUGAAUUAUAUAAUGUCAACGGAAGAAAGUAUGCUUAUUAAAUACUAUAUAUUCAAAUAUUUACUAACUAUCUUUAUAAGUGAGCUUGAAUGAAAGACAUCAGCAGCAACAACAACAGCAGCAACAACAACAGCAUCAACAGCCUACUUCAAGAAAUAGAUUUGGUUGGGUAAGGCGAUUAAUGCAAGGUCAAAAUAGAACUACAGCAACAACAACAACAACAACAACAACAACAACAACACGUAAUCAUACUCCACAUAAUCAUCAUCAUGGUCAUAAUAGUCAAGAUUAUGCUAAUUAUUUGUCAAAGAGAGGCACAUCUAAUUCAAAACCAAGAAGAAAUGAAAAUGUUAAUAAAAUUACAUCACAAUCUUCAAAACAAUUAAAUAAAAUAAAUAAUAAUAAUAAUAAUAAUAAUUAUAAUCUUCAUUCACGUAAUGGUUCAGAAAAUUAUUCAAUUGACAAUAAUAGUAGUGAUUUAAUAACUAACAAUAGUGGUGAUUUGGAUGAUAAUGUUAGUACAACACCUUUAAAAUCAAUUAUUUCUGCUCAAUCAACAAAAUCUCCUUCAAUAUUGAGUAAUGGUGAAUCACAAAAUGUUGAUACUUCAACUGCUGAAACUUCAUUAGCUCCAAGUGUAUAUACAUCACAUGCUCAUCAAUUACAACAAAAUUUACAACCACAUACUCAAGUCACUAUUCAACUGCCUAAUGAAAGAGAAAGAGAAAGAGAUAGAGAAAGGGAUAGAGAUAGAGAUAGUGAAUCUAUAGUUACAUUAGCGUCAUCAUCAAGAAGAAUAAGAAGAAGAAGUAUUGACACAAAUUGUAGUACUGCUGGUAUUCCACCUGCAUCAAUAUUUGAAAGAUUAGGAGUACAACAAAAUACAGCUGCUAAUUCAAUCUAUGCAACAAGUAUAAAAACAAAUAAUGAUAGAAUAAGUCAGAUUGAAAAUACUAAUCAUUCAGAUGAUCAAACUAGUUCAAUAAAGAGUAUAAAUUGAAUGGAAUAUAUAUAUAUAAGAAUAUAUAAAUAUAUAUAAAAUAUAACAAAUUCAACUGGUAGCAUCUCUCAUAGUUAGAAAUCCAAAUUUAGCAAAAUCAAAACAGAAGUUACAAAAAAAAUAAUUCAUAAAACAAACAAUUCUUUGAUAAGAAAAAGGGUAAUACAAAAUACUAAAGAAUAUAAGUUACCAAAAUUAAUGUACUAAUAAAGUUUUAUCGAUGGGUACAUUUUAUACUGAUACAUCUAUUGAAGGAGAUGUUUAUAUUCAAAAAUUAUCAUCUUAUAUUCGAAAAAAUGAAGAAAAUUUAGCCAACGGCUUAUUAUGUUUUAGUAAAAACAGACAACAAUCAACAAAUUUAAAAACAAAACCUUUACGAUUAACAUUUACAAUACAUCAUUUAUAUUAUAUUACUGAAAGAAUAGAUCAAUCGAGUCUUGGUGUUGAUGUUGGUCCACUAAAUAUUAAAUUAGAUAAUCCUAAUCAUGAACCAACAUUUAUUUCAUUUAUGGCAAAUAAUGCAAGAUCGUCAUCAUCUAGACAUUUUAUAGAUAGUGAUACUAGAUCAAUAUCAUCAAUAAAUUCUAUGAAAUCAAUAGUUUCAAGUGCUUCCAUAUAUUGGAGAUCUUUAACAAAUAUAAAUAAAAUUGAUCCAAAAUUGAUUCAAAAAGAUAUUAAAUAUUUAUAUUCCUCAUUUACUAAAAUACCUUGUCUUAUAUUAAAUUCAAAUACAAAAGUUAAUAGUAUAAAUGGUUAUGAAGAAUAUCCAUGUGAUACAUCAAUACCAAUAAAAAUGUUUAAAAAUUUGCAAGUUUUAGAAAUUGUAGAAUAUGAACCAAAUGAAAUAUUUGGAUGGAAUAUACUUUCUGAGCAAUUGAGAAUAUUGAUAAUACGGAGAAGUAAGAUUAAUAAUAUUGGGGAAAUUUUAUUUAAUUUAGUUAUUGAUGAUGAGAGUGGUAGAUUAAGUUUCAAUACGAAUAUAAAUAACAAUAACCGACAACUGAAGUAUUUUUUAUCAGCUGAUGAUUCAAUAACGGAAAUUAAUAAUUCAUUUAAAUACAAGAGAGAUAGACGUAACACAACAAGCUCAAACUCUUUUGGUCAAGCUGGUUCUUUACCAAAAGAUAAUGUCUACCUUGAUUCUAAAAAUUAUGAAUCAUUACCAGAGACGAAAUGGUCAUUUUUAAAGCAAUUAACAAUUUCAGAAACUAACAUUAUUAAUGUACCUAGAUUUAUAUUCAAACCAUUGACAAGUUUAGUUAAAUUAAACUUAUCCAAUAAUUUAUUAGAAGAAGUGCCUGCUGGAUUAGAUCAAUUAAUAAAUGUAAAAUAUUUAAACUUUGCAGAUAAUUAUAUAACAAAUUUAAAGAAUUUACCAAAUAAUUUAAUUCAAUUAUUGACUUUAAAUUUCAAUAAUAAUAAAAUCUCCGAUUUAUCAGGAUUAGAAAAUUUAUCAUCAUUAGAAAAGAUAGAUCUUAGAAAGAAUGAAUUAAAAGAAUUAAAAGAUUUAAAACCCUUAGUAUCCUUGUUUAUGAAAAAUAAUCAAAAUCAGUUGGACAAUGUUUAUUUAAUACAAAAUAAAUUACCUAAAAAUUAUCGAAUUGAUUUAUUUAAUUUAUUCAAUGGAAUAAGAUAUAAAAACAAUAUUAAAAUAGAUGAUUCACGACCAGGAUAUUUUGAAAAAGCAAUGUUAUUAGAGUCAGAAACAGCAAUUAAAAACCUAGAAAAGUUUUACAAUUUAAAUAAAAGAAAUUCAGUGUUAACUGCUGAAACAAUUGAUGAAACAAAUACAAAUACUUUAGUAUCGAUUAGUCCAUCUGCUAAACAAGAAAUAUUAUUGGAAUCAUUUGCAAAUUUAAAAAUUGAUAAUGAAAAUUCUUCACCAAAGUCUGCAAAAUUUAAAAAAUAUGAUUUAUCACAUACUGUUAUUUCAACUUCAUUAUCUUUAUUAUCACCAUCUACUCAACCUAGUUCUCCGUUGCAUGCAAAUCAUAAUAUAACGAAUAAGUCUAGUAUCAAUGUUGAAUGUUCAUUACCUUCCCCCUUGAACAAACAAACUCCAAUGAUUCAUAUGAAUAAAUCAAACAGUUCGAUUCCCUCUACUCCAUCAAUUAAAAGGUCAACUACGUUGGUUGAUUUUGAAAAAAUUAAUGUAAAUUACAAUACCGCUCCAAAUAUAUUAACACCUGUUCAAGUUACUGCUAGAAUGUCAACAUAAAUACAAUGAAAAUAAUGUCAUUCAUAAUAUUGUUCCAAGGUAUUUUAGCUCAAAUUUUACUUAUAGGAAUACAUAAUUGGUAUAAUAAUGUCAGUCAUACUACAGCUUCAAUUACCUUGGAUCAAGUGAAACUGCUAAUAUUUACAUAAAUACAUAACUUUUUUUUUUUUGUUUUGAAAAAAAUUAGCCGCUUUAAAGGUACAAUUUAUAUGCAAAAGCACAACCACCAAAUAUGAUUUGUCAAUGGUUAUUAAUAUUAUUAGUUUCAUUUGUUUUAUCAUUAGAUGAUGAUAGUAAAGUUAGUUUCACACUUGAAUCAAAAUUUUCCAACUCUUCUAAUUUGAAAUUCGGCAGUGAUAAUUCAAUUAUUCAAAAACGUUCAAAACAUUCUGAAUCUUUUAUGGUUGAAGAUCCAAUGGAGUACCGCAUUCAAACCCAUUUUCCAAGUCGUAUGUAUAUAACAAAGCUAAUUUUUAUAUGGUACUAACGGUUUUAUAGCCGUGGGUGGUAGACUAGAAAAUAUUUGGCAAAAGGCCUAUGAAAGGGCAAGAAAAGUUGUUGAUAAAAUGUCUAUUACUGAAAAAGUUAAUUUAACUACUGGUACUGGAUGGGGGUCAGGUCCGUGUGUUGGAAAUACAGGAAGUGUGCCAAGAUUAGGUAUCCCUAAUUUAUGUUUACAAGAUGGUCCAAAUGGUGUUAGAUUUACUGAUUUUGUUACUCAUUUUCCAUCUGGUUUAGCAGCAGGAACUACUUUCAAUAAAGGUUUAAUUUAUCUUAGAGGUAAAGCAAUUGGUAAAGAAUUUAAGAAAAAGGGAAUUCAUGUUUGUUUGGGCCCAACAAUUGGUCCAAUCGGUUUAAAAGUUAAUGGUGGUAGAAAUUGGGAAUCGUUUGGUAGUGACCCUUAUUUACAAGGUAUUAUGGGAGCUGCAACUGUUGAAGGUAUUCAAGAUGAAGGUGUUAUUGCCGUUGCAAGACAUUUAAUUGGUAACGAACAAGAACAUUUUCGACAAAUUGGUGAAUGGGAUGAAGAAAUUUUUGGUCAAGGAUGGGAUAAAUUAGAAAAUUCAAUUAGUUCCAAUAUUGGAGAUCGAGCAAUGCAUGAAAUUUAUUUGUGGCCAUUUGCAAAUGUUAUAAAAGCUGGUUGCGGAGCAAUUAUGUGUUCUUAUAAUCAAUUAAAUAAUUCAUAUUGUUGUGAAAAUUCAUAUUUAAUCAAUUAUUUAUUAAAAGAAGAAUUAUCUUUUCAAGGAUUUGUUAUGAGUGAUUGGGGUGCUCAACAUACUGGUGUAAAUUCGGCAUUAUCAGGGUUAGAUAUGACAAUGCCCGGUGAAAUUUUCGACGAUUGGUUAACUGGUAAAUCAUUAUGGGGUCCAUUAUUAACAAGAGCUGUUUAUAAUGGUACAAUACCACAGCAAAGAUUAAAUGACAUGUGUACAAGAAUAAUUGCAACCUUUUUCGCAAUACCAACUGUUAAUUUACCGUUGGAGGAUGAUGUACCAAAUUUCUCAUCUUGGACUCACCAUACAUUUGGUCAAGAAUUUCCUUAUCAACAUUUUGGUCCAAUAUUACAAAAAAAUUGGCAUAUUGAUGCAAGAUCGGAAUUUAGUGAUAAUACUGCAUUAACAGUUGCAAGAGAAUCUGUUGUUUUAUUGAAAAAUUCUGGACAUAAUAUCCCAAUUGAUAAAAGUGAUGGAGUUAGACGAUUAUUAAUUGUUGGGAAAGGUGCAUUUGCUGAUCCAAAUGGGUUUAAUUGUAAGGACCAACGUUGUACGAAUGGUUUAUUAUCUUCUGGUUGGGGUUCAGCUGCUGUUAAUAAUCCAUAUGUCAUUACUCCGUAUGAAGCAAUUGCAAAAAAGGCAAGAGAAAGAGGUAUCUUAAUAGAUUACAAUUUUAAUAACUGGGAUCUAGAUCAUAUGGAAGAUUUAGCUGAUUAUUCAGAUUUAUCGAUUGUAUUUGUUAAUUCAUUUUCUGGUGAAGGUUAUAUUUAUGUCGAAAAUAAUUUUGGUGAUCGUCAAAAUAGCUCAUUAUGGCAUAAUGGAGAUGAAAUUAUUGAAAAAAUUGCAAAUAAAUGUCAUAAAACAAUUGUUGUAAUUUCAAGCACUGGUCCAAUAAAUAUGGAAAAAUGGAUUGAACACGAAAAUGUAGUUGGAGUAAUAUGGACACCUCCAUUAGGUCAAUUUGUUGGACAAGCAAUUGCUGAUGUUUUAUUUGGAGAUACGAAUCCUUCAGGGAAAUUACCAUUCACUAUUGCUAGGAAAAAACAACAUUAUGUAUCAAUAAUUGAUGAAUUAAAUGGUGAAAAAAAUCCACAAGAUAAUUUUGAUCGUGAUAUUUAUUUAGAUUAUAGAUUUUUUGAUAAACAUAAUAUAAAACCAAGAUUUGAAUUUGGAUAUGGUUUAAGUUUUACAAGUUUUAAAGUUUGUAAUUUAAAAAUUACCGAGAUUAAUUCGCCGUCUGAAUACUUACCGUAUCCACAGGAAUAUUUACCUUUAACUAAAAUUGUUGAAGAUGAUGUUUGUGAUCCCGAAGAUGCAUUAUUUCCCCAUGAUGAAUUUGAUCCAGCUCCAGGAUAUAUAUAUCCUUAUUUAUAUAAUGAAAAUACUAGAUCAUUAGAUGAAGAUGAAACUUUUGAUUAUCCACAAGAUUAUAAUCCUGAUCAACCUAAUAAUCCUCCUUUGUCAGGUGGUGGAUUAGGUGGAAAUCCAACAUUAUGGGAAAUUUUAUAUGAAGUUAGUGUUGAAGUAAAAAAUGAAGGUAAAUUGAAAGGUGGUUACGUUUGUCAAUUAUAUAUUGAAUUUCCAAAUACAAUUUUAUCAACACCUCCAAAACAAUUACGAGGAUUUGAAAAGAUCUUUUUGGAACCUGGUUCAUCUCAAGUUUUAAAUUUUAAUAUUUUACAUCGUGAUUUAAGUAUAUGGGACCCCGAAUCUCAACAAUGGAUUAUUCAAACAGGUACCUACAAAAUUUUUAUUGCCUCGUCAAGUAGGAAAGUUGAAUUAUGUGGUGAAAUUGAUAUAGGUUGUUAA